AUGAAAUAUUGGAUCUUAUUGUGUCUGACUCUAUUAGUGUCAGUGCAAGGAUUUCCGGAGCAAAGGACAUCGGAAAAACAGUCACAACAAUUAAAUGAAUUGAAGAAAGGAAAUAAAGUACGAGAAACAGCUCGUGAUUGUAAAGAAAAGUGUGCAUCAAGUAUUGCUCAAAAAGCUGCUGCUGAAGCUAAAGCUGCCCAAGCCGCCCAAAAUGCAGCUGGGGCUCAGGCAGCUCAUAUGGUUAAAACUCAACUAGCAGAAAAAGCAUUACAAGCAGCAAAAGCUGCAGAAGCUGCGUUAGCUGGAAAACAGGCUGUUGUGGAGCAACUUCAACAAGAAGUGAAGGAGGCUGAGGCUGUAGUUGCGGAAAAUACUGCUGCUAUCCAUCAGCAACAGGCGGCUGUUAAUGCGGCAGUCCAAGUAGCCCAGCAAGCUACAGCGCAACACAAAAUAUUGGUGCAAACUGUUCAACUAUCUGCUCAGCUUGAAAAAGCAUCACAUUGCGUUUUAGAAAAGGUAAAACAUGGCUUACAAGAAAAAUGUCACAACUUGGCCGAAUCACGAUCGAGAUUAGCUCAUUUACAACACAAGCUACAAUGCGCCUGUGCUGAAUGUGCUGCAACUAAACAAGCUGCCCACUCAGCAUGUGAAGCUGCAAGGGCAGCUUGUGGAAAUGCAAGACGAAAAAAACGAUUAAGUCGAAGAAGCGUAGUAGCGAAUAAAAAAACAAUUCAUCAAAAAAAUGCUACACGUGAAAAUGUUUCGAAUAAAACAAGAUGA